AUGAUUGCACACAACCCCUCCCCACCACUCCCUACCCCUCCAUCUUCUUCUCCCCGUCCCAUCAACCUUCGUCGCUGCCUUCUCCCACCCUGUCUGCCCCUCCCGCAUGCGCCCAUCCCCUCCCCCGCGUCCCGCAUCCUUUCCCCCUGUCCUCCAUCCCCCUCCACUCAACCCCCAUCCCCUCCCGCGUGCCCCCCAUCCCGUGACUUCUCCCCCCAUCCCCUCACGUGCCCCUUAUCCCCUCCCACUAACCCUCCUGGAUUUUCCCCCUCCUCCCCUUCCCGUUCCUCCCCCUCUGCCCCUGCAGCCAUGGCAACAGUGCAGCAGCGGCCAGUGGCAAUCAUAGGCCCGGGGACGUCCGACCAAGCAGCUCUCAUCAGUCCACUUGCCACUGCCACCCAUGUAAGCACACUAGCUGGACGCAAAGCUAGGCGCCUCAAACGUCAACAGAGAAGGGUUUUGACCUUUGAGUCGACUCAAAAGUCACCUCAGUGCAGCAGCAGAGCAGCCAGUGGCGUGCCAAUCUUAGGCCCGAAGACGCCUGACCAGGCAGCUCUCAUCAGCCCACUUGCCACUGCCACUCAGACCCCCUUGGUGUCUGCAGCAGCAACAGACGUGCAGCUGACGGUGGGGGGUGCUCGGCCAUUCUUCAUGCGGACCAUCCCUAACGACGGAGUCGACAUGCAAGCCAUAGCCGGUAAGACAGCCAUAGCCGAUGAGGGGGUGUAUGCAGAUGAGGUGGUGUAUGCAGAUGAGGUGGUGUAUGCAGAUGAGGUGGUGUAUGCAGAUGAGGGGGUGUAUGCAGAUGAGGUGGUGUAUGCAGAUGAGGUGGUGUAUGCAGAUGAGGUGGUGUAUGCAGAUGAGGGGGUGUAUGCAGAUGAGGGGGUGUAUGCAGAUGAGGUGGUGUAUGCAGAUGAGGUGGUGUAUGCAGAUGAGGUGGUGUAUGCAGAUGAGGUGGUGUAUGCAGAUGAGGGGGUGUAUGCAGAUGAGGUGGUGUAUGCAGAUGAGGUGGUGUAUGCAGAUGAGGUGGUGUAUGCAGAUGAGGUGGUGUAUGCAGAUGAGGUGGUGUAUGCAGAUGAGGUGGUGUAUGCAGAUGAGGUGGUGUAUGCAGAUGAGGUGGUGUAUGCAGAUGAGGUGGUGUAUGCAGAUGAGGUGGUGUAUGCAGAUGAGGUGGUGUAUGCAGAUGAGGUGGUGUAUGCAGAUGAGGUGGUGUAUGCAGAUGAGGUGGUGUAUGCAGAUGAGGUGGUGUAUGCAGAUGAGGUGGUGUAUGCAGAUGAGGUGGUGUAUGCAGAUGAGGUGGUGUAUGCAGAUGAGGUGGUGUAUGCAGAUGAGGUGGUGUAUGCAGAUGUGCUGGCGGUGACCCCUGUUUUCUCUCUCCUGCUUCAUGGUGGCAGCGCUGCUGCUGCGCUACAAGUGGAGGCAGUUCGUGGCAGUCUACACGGACAACCGCUUUGGCCGCAACGGCAUCACCGCACUCAUGACCUACCUCCUCGAAACAAAGCUGAUGACGUGGCACAGGCCCUCGCUGCCAGCAAGGCAGUGGACUCUUCGGUUUAUGUGCUACACGCCUCCUCUACCAUGUCUGCUCUCAUACUCGAUACAGCGAGCAAGCUGGGCAUGAUAGGGAAGAACUACGUGUGGAUCGCAUCAGAGGGGGCUGCUCAAGCCAACACCUCCACACUGCAGAGUGCAGAGGGUCUGAUAAUCACAGCAUCCUAUCACCCGCCAUCGCAGCGCCUGUUGGCCUUCAAGCAGCGGUGGAAGCAGCUGAGUCCACAGCAGUUCCCAUGGGCAGCUGAAGAGGACCCUAAGACCUACAGCCUUGCAGCCUACGAUGCUGCUUACCUCAUCUCCCUCGCCCUGCACUCCCUGCUGCAACACAACAGAACCACCGCCAGCAGUAACACCAGCAGCGGCAGCACCAGCGGCAGCACCAGUGGCAGCACGAGCAGCAACGGCAGUAGCAGCAGCACGGGAGCACACUUUGUUGCAAUGUCUGCUGUCGCGAGUACCAACGCCUUGAUACUGCCGGUGGCAGGGCAAGGGGCCGAGGCGGGUGGUGGGCUCAUUCCGCUGCUGCAGAACCUGCAGCGAAACUCAGUGGGCCCGGCACUCCGUCAAGCCAUCCUCAACACAACCUUCGAAGGCCUCACAGGAAGGGUCUCCCUCAACCCACACGGUGAUCUGCAAGCCGAUGUCAUCGAGGUGCUCAACGUGGUGAACGCUACGGCCACGAGGGUUGGCUUCUGGACUCCCGCCUGGCAGCUCACGCGCUCUUUAAAGCGGCCAUCCAAGAACCAGCAAGAGGCACUCAACAUAGUGUUUCCGGGUGGGGUGACACAAGUGCCCAUAGGCGCAUUUCCCAAGACAAAACUUCGAUUAGCUGUUCCAAAUAAAGUGGUCUACAAGCAGUUUGUCAACAUCUCCAAGGGAGAGGGCAAAGAGCGCUUCUCAGGGUUCUGCAUCGACGUUUUCCACGCAGCUGUGGCCAUGCUGCCGUACCCGCUCGACUACGAGUUUGUGCAGUAUGGCGAGGAGAACGUCUCCCCCAGCUACAACCAGAUGGUGCUGGCUGUGGCGGACAAGAAAUACGACGGGGCCAUCGGAGACAUCACAGUCACAGAGACACGCAACAGAGCAGUGUUCUUCACAUACCCCAUCUUUCCAUCAGGUCUGGGGAUAAUGGGGUACGCAAAGGAGAAUUCAAGUCCCUGGCUGGCGUUCCAGCCGUUCACAGCGAGCAUGUGGGGAGUGACAAUGGCGCUGUGCGUGCUAGCAGGGCUCAUCACCUCGUUCCUGGACGAGCAGUCUAAUGAGGCCUUCCGAGAGAAACUGCAUCAGCGCCUGCAGAACGCCGCGUGGUUCGGCCUGCAAACGCUCUACGCCAUCCUGGAGUACCCUGUUCGCACCUCCCUCGCCCGGCUCUUUGUCAUCGUGUUUCUCAUCAUCGGCUACCUUAUAGUCACCAUGUACACGGCGAACCUCACGUCUAUUGUCACAGUCGACCGGCUCAAACCCUCCGCAAUGGACAUUGGUUCCGCCGCCUCGACCUCAUCCCCCAUUGGCUACCAGCUGGGUUCAUUCAUCAACGCGUACCUGCAGCAGAUGGGCAUCCCCGCGAACCGCCUGGUGGCACUCAAUAACGAGGAUGAGUAUGCAGAGGCGCUGACCUCGGGCCGGGUGGGGGUGAUAGUGGAUGAGAACCCGUACCUCGAGCUCUUCUCCCUCGACUUCUGUGACGUCGCCCUCGCGCCUCAGCCCUUCUCGCUGCUGAACCUUGCGUUUGUAAGCACACUCUCUCUCUCUCUCUGCCAUGUAAACUCGGGCCGUGUGGGGGUGAUAGUGGAUGAGAAUCCCUACCUCGAGCUCUUCUCGCUCGACUUCUGUGAUGUUGCCCUGGCGCCUCAGCCAUUCUCCCUCCUUAACUUCGCCUUUGCCUUCCCCAAGGGCUCGCAGCUGGGUCUUGACGUCUCCCAGGUGAUAGUGCAACUAUCAAUGUUGGGCCGGCUGCAGCAGCUGCGUGAGCAGCACUUUAACUCGGCAGUGCAGCUGUCGAUGCAGAAGUUCCUCGGGCUGUAUAUCAUCUUUGGCGUGGUCUCGCUGGGCUGCUGCGUGCUCUACGUGCUGCUGCUCAUUCACCGCGGCUACCGCGCGAGCAGGUACGAGCUGGUUGUUGUGCCGACUCAAAAGGCAGACUCGGCGGUGCAGCUGUCGAUGCAGAAGUUCCUCGGGCUGUAUAUCAUCUUUGGCACCGUCUCGCUGGGAUGCUGCGUGCUCUACGUGCUGCUGCUUAUCCACCGCGUCUACCGAGCCAGCAGAGAGGCUGCUCGCCUACAGGACGCUCAGAACCAAGCUGAGAUCCAACGGCUCGUGUUUGAUUAUCAUCCGGUGCACACAGGAUCUGACGGCCCACAUGGUGCCGAAUCGGGAUGGGCAGCUCCAGCCGCGGGAGUGGCAUUGAGAGGGCACGAGUGGGAGGGAGGUAGCAACUGGGGUGGGGAGCAUUUGGGAGGGGAAGACUUGUUUGUGUUUGGUCAAACUGCUCCUCUCAGUCGCAGGAGCAGCUGCAGCAGUGGAGAGAGUUUUGAGGCGCCUCAAACCAGUCUUCUUCACUGCAAAGGGAGCAGCAGUGGGGGUUUAGAGAUGGGUCACAGUGAAAUUGGUGGGGGUGGUUUUGACUGCAGUGGCAGUAGUUUUGGCGGGGGUGGCAGUAGAAGAGUGGGGGGGCUUCAGAGCAGCAUUGGCAGAAGGAUCGGCAGCAGUGGGUGCAGUGGCGCUCACGCUGCUGUGGGUGGGUCAGGCCUGACACAAGUUGCUGAGGAGGGAGAAGAGGCGGAGGAGGAGGAGGAGGAGGAAGAUGAGUGGCAGUACCAGCUGGCCCGCAACAGACGAACAACGCAACACCGCCGCACUCCCUCUCUUCCUAACUCCCUUCCCCCACUCUCCCCUCGUUCCCCCUCCAACAUCUCCCCACACUCCCACCCUCACUUCCUUCCUCACUCCCCCACGCAAACCCCUCUGUCCCCUGCCUCGCAACACCAAUUUCAACACCUCUCCUCUCCUCCAAACCCCCACCCAAUAUCAGCUUCUCAAUCCGCCCUCUGCCUCGGCCCACACUCACACCCCCUUGUUCCCACCCGCCUGCCUUCCCCACCCGCCCACCUCGUCCCAAACCGAAACAACAGCACGCCAGCACCGAACCAUGAGUCGCCACAACAGCAAGGAGGGAACCAUGCCAGCGCAUCGUUCAACCGAGCAGCAGUAACGGUUACCGCAUCGUCCAGCCCCCAGGAGACGCGAGCAGAGGCGUUAAGUCAGCUGCACCUGCCCCUCCAACAACCAUCACCCACCAAGCGACACGCCUCCCCGGUUUCCCACCGUCCCCCACUUGGCAUGCCCGACCGAUUGCCAUCAAAGCGUUUUCCCUCCACGUCCCCCAGAUUGCCACCAGACCUGUCCCCCAGAUCACAGAAUCUGUCACCUAGGCCACCAGACCUGUCACCCAGACCACCGCACUCACCCAGCUCUCCGAGCCUCUCCGAACAGCUGCAGCAGCAGAACCGCAUCAUCUCUCCACGGGCCUUCCCGCUUGGCCCCGAGCAGCAGAGCCCCGUCUCUCUUUCUCAACAGAUGCAUGCCGGAAGUUUGGGGUGGGAGGAGCUGGAAGAGCAAUGCAGAGACAGUGCGGCAGCUGCGGAUGGUGGGAGCGGAGGGCCGGCAGCAGCAGCACUUGGCGUGGAGCAGGAGGGGCCUUCACGGGCAAGAGGUGCCUCACAGGCCGUGGCACAGGAGAUCGGCUUCGGGUGA